UGAUCCAGCAACCAAUGGGAAACAGCGAAACAGGCGCGGAUUAACGGAUUUGUUACAAGGUGCUUUGUUGUUAUUUUAGUAGCUGCCUUCAAACGACCAACUGUACACGUUUAGGGCUACAACUUGAAGGAUGAGUCUGUCUUUAAGGACUGAGCUGGCAGUGGAUAAAACCAAGCGGAAGAAGCGGAGAGAGCUGACUGAGGAACAGAAGCAUGAAAUCAAAGAGGCCUUUGAGCUGUUUGACACAGACAAAGACAAAGAGAUCGACUACCACGAACUCAAGGUGGCGAUGAGAGCUAUGGGUUUUGAGGUGAAGAAAGUAGAUAUACUGAAGAUAUUAAAAGAUUACGACAGAGAGGGGAAUGGCAAAAUAACAUUUGAUGACUUUAAUGAAGUUGUGACAGACCGUAUCCUGGAGAGGGACCCAAAGGAGGAGAUCCUGAAGGCCUUUAAGCUGUUUGAUGAUGAUGACUCCGGGAAGAUCAGCCUGAGGAACCUGAGACGUGUGGCCAGAGAGCUAGGAGAGAACAUCACGGAUGAGGAACUACGCAGCAUGAUCGACGAGUUCGAUACAGAUGGAGACGGAGAGAUCAACCAGGAGGAUUUUGUAUCCAUAAUGACUGGAGACUCCUGAUUGAAGGGCUGCUGCUCUGGGGGCUUGGCUAGGAGGCCGAGGCUAUAGAUUCACUGGGAUGGAUAGGUCCCCCAGGUCACUGAGGGACUGCUAAAUAGCUUACCUUGUCUCCUUUCCUUUAUCUACACUGACCGACCAGAACUGACCAGGGGAAGUAGAGGAGAGUAGGUAAGGACGCCACUGUAGAGUAAUGCGAUUCAAAAUCUCUCCCAAAUAGCACUGCUGUCGCUCCUGUUCUUUUCUUUGUUGAAACAUCUUGUGUGUUUUUACAAUAUGUCUGGUGCAAAUACAACCAAAUAUUGUAUGUUCUUUUCUUUUAGUAGAGUUUCUUUUCAAAAUUUGAAUAGAUGCACUUGCUCCAUACCGUACAGAAAACUGUACAGAUUACAUAAGAGGUCUCUGAGACAUUCCUUGUAAACUUCAAUGUUUUCAAUAGUAUUUCUGGAUGGUGGUUUUAAAUACAAACUGGCUUCACCGACCACAUUUUGUAGUUUAGUAGACUAUUUUUAUUUAAUUAUUUUUCUUUUUAAUGUUAUUUAUUUGACAUAAUAAACACAAUUGACUGA